GCACACACACGCACACACACGCACACACACACACACACACACACACGACCUGAGAACCUGUAGCAGCGUGGUCGGCUGCGUGGAGAGAAAAGUUGCGUGGGUCAAAGUCCAUCAGUGGACUAUUUGAAGACAUGCAGCAAACAUGGCCGCGGUAGCUGCGAGGGAACUUCCGUCCGAAAGUGACUUUCUGGAGGUUCUGGUGCGGGAUCGCUGGCACAAAGUUUGGGCGCACUUGAACGAGGAGGCGCUGACGUUAAGCUGCGACGGGAACGACACCAAUGGCGUCACCGUCAACGGAUCCUACCUCGACAACAACAACUCCAACAACGGUCCGACAAGUGCGUGUGCCGUACACCUGGACCAGCAGGAGCCGGUACCGGAGACCAUCGCGAACAGGAAGCGCUACGUCAAGGUGACCAAGCAGGACGUCGGCGGACUGGGGAUCAGUAUCAAAGGAGGCAGGGAGAACAAGAUGCCGAUACUGAUCAGUAAGAUCUUCAAAGGGCUGGCCGCCGACCAGACCCAGGCGCUGUACGUCGGAGACGCCAUCCUGUCCGUCGGCGGUGUCAACCUGAGGGACGCGACCCACGACGAGGCAGUGCAGGCGCUCAAACGGGCCGGGAAAGACGUGACUCUGGAAGUCAAGUACAUGCGAGAGGCAACGCCGUACGUCAAAAAGGGUUCACCAGUGUCAGAAAUCGGAUGGGAAACGCCCCCACCAGAGUCCCCACGUUUCAGCAGCACCCCCAUCAUCUCUCCGCCCGCCUCCCCCUCAGCUCAGAGCUCUCCUCUUCAGCCGCCCCUGUCCCUGCAGGGCGACCGGCGAUGCUUUCCGCUCAGGAUGUGUUACGUAACCCGAGCCAUGACCACAGCAGACCCAGACAACAGACAAGUGGAGCUACACUCCCCUGAUGCCAGACAUACUGUGGUGCUGCGCUGUCCAGACCAACCAUCUGCCCUCACUUGGUUCUCCGCCAUGCAUGCUGUCACAUCCACACUGGCCCAGCGGGCACUGGCUGAGGUCAUCCAUCACAAAACGAGGUCAGGGGUUGCUGGCAGCAAAGAGAUAAGACAUCUGGGAUGGCUAGCUGGGAAGCAAAGUGAGAGUGAGAAGCAGUGCUGGAAGCCUGUGUUGGUGGUGAUGACAGAGAAAGACCUGCUGCUCUACGACAGCCUGCCACCAAGCACUGAAGCCUGGCAGAGCCCAGCACACACGUAUCCACUUCUCGCCACGCGUCUGGUGCACUCCGGACCAGACAGAGGUUCUCCUUUCUCGGGCACCGAGCUCUUCUUUGCCACUCGGACCGGCACACGUCUCGGCAUAGAGACUCAUCUUUUCCGAGCCGAAACCAGCAAGGAUUUAUCGCUGUGGAGUCGACGAAUAGUCAACGGAUGUCACUCUUCAGCUGAGAUGAUCAAAGAAGUCAGUACCAGUUGCCUUUACCUGGGCCAGGAGUGCCGCCUGGUGAUCCACUAUGAACACGGCAUCUCUGUCCAAGAUGGUGAGAGCGGGAGGGAGGCGGGAUCUCACACACCUACCGAAAACCGAGCGCUCUUGUCCUACCCCUAUGAAAAACUGAGGAUGUCGUCAGACGAUGGAGUUCGGAUGAUAUCCCUUGACUUUGGAGGAAAAGAGGGGGAGAUCCAACUGGACCUGCACUCAUGUCCAAAGCCAAUCGUCUUCAUCCUCCACUCCUUCCUCUCAGCUAAGAUCUCCCGACUGGGCUUAGUGGCCUGACUGCAACCCCAAACAACUGGGCUUAGUGGCCUGACUGCAACUCCAAACGGAUGUUGGACGUCCGCAUCUGUUCAGUUCGACCCCUCUAAGUCUGAGACCCAGGCUGAAUGUAGCAGCUUUCUCUUCUGAAACCACCAGUCAAGAUAACAACCAGAUAUUUGCUACAAACUGGACAAUAAAGUGACGAAUGUACACAACAACUAGGCAUUACUGACAUUCACAACAAAGAUUCACUGUAAUUUCACUUGAUGAUUCCUUUCUUUCCGUUAAUUUAUUCACUAUCAUCUCUGUGAGAACACUAGUAUGUAAAAACUAUUGUUAGCAAUGUUAGCAUCAACCACACUGGCUCUGAUUAUACGACAACAAAAUGCAAAUCCACAUUAAGUAAUUUCUUCAAAAUCAUUCUGAAACCAUUUGUGCUAUUACAAUAUUAAGUCUAAUUAUAUUUUUGUAGCUUUAACUACUGGCUAGUAUUAGCUAGCUAAUGACCACAAGAACACAUUAGCAACUCAGAAAGCUUGUAUGCUCAAUCCAGCUGUACAGUAAUGAUUAAAAACAGUAUAUAUGUUUAAGACUAAGACUAUUUCACCCAGAUUACAAGCACAACUGACUAAUAUUUGUAUAGCGUUACAGUUUCUGCAAUAAACCGAUAUGUUGCUAAGCUAAGCCAAUGCUAAGGACUUUGGCCCUUUUGUAGCACUUCAUUAUCUAUAAAGGUCAUACAUUUCAAAUGAUCAUUUGAAAAGUUUAUAAUUAAUGAUUUAACUGUUUCUGACCAUGAACUCUAUUUUUCACCUGGAAAAGAGACCCUACCCUUUAGCUAAUCGUUGUCACUACUAAUAAACAGUGGAACCUCCAACGUCAAACAGAAUCAAAUUAUUUGAUUGUCAAACCUUUUUGUCCCAUAGGAAAUACCUCAUUCAAGGCUCAAAUGGUCAACAUAAUGAAAUAUUGAUUUAUUGUUCGUUUGAACUUUUCUUGACUAACAGGUUUAAAGAUAAUUCAACUACUGCAAAGUCAUUCUGAAAUAAAGUGCUUACCCUAUUGAAGACAAGACAUGUACUGCAGAGGUAACAGGAAGGGGUUUGCAGUGUGAUUCCUACACCUGGUGGUGUUUUCUAGGUACUGCUGAAUUGAAUGGGUGUCUGUAAGUCAGCUCAAAAACAGGUACCGUAUCACGCUGAUUCAUCAGUAUGUGCGGUAGAAGAAAUCCAUCCUCAACAUGGCAUGAGCAUAUAAAUAUGGGUAUGUAAUUGACAUAUCAAUAAUUGAAUCACUCCUACAACUCAAUCAUUUGUCACAUGUCUGCUUUUUAUGGUUCAAGUUAAAGUACCACUGAUAGUCACACACACACUAGGUGUGGUGAAAUUAUUCUCUGCAUUUGACCCAUCCCCUUGAUCACCCCCUGGGAGGUGAGGGGAGCAGUGAGCAGCAGCUGUGGCCGUGCUAGGGUAUCCUUUUGGUGAUUUAACUCCCAAUUCCAACCCUUGAUGCUGAGUGCCAAGCAGGGAGGUAAUGGGUCCCAUUUUUUAUAGUCUUUGGUAUUGUGAUCACAUUUGUCCUUUUGACCAUCACCUGUACCCUUUUGUGGUGGCGUCAUAAAAAAUACAAAAACCAAAGAAUAAGCCUAACACACUUGUUGCAUUAUUCCUUACUAUAUUUCCAUCAACUCAUAGUAAAGCUGAGGAACGCGGAAGCCACAUUGGAUGUUUCUCUUAAGCUUACAAUAAUAUGCUUUUUGACAAUUUUAUGAGAUACUGAAUUUGUUAUUGUUUUUUUAUUAUUUGUAAGUUACACAAUAUUUCACUGUGUAGUAAUGAGUUUCACUUUCUAGAUUGAACUACUAAAAGAAAUUCUCUUUAAAGAUGUUCAAAUGUAUUUGUAUUUGUUAGUAGUGUCCCGAUUCAAUACUGAUAUCGGAUAUUAGUACAAGCAGUCCUGCAGCACGUUUACUUGUGCAAAACUGGACAACCAGUUACCAUCUAAAUGUCCUCCAAUAAGCACACAAGGUUGGUCUUUUUGUACCUUAGUCAUGUCAUUUACAAAAGGUAAACAUGGUAGACUUGCGGCUACUAGGAGCUACACAACAGUUAAACAUACAGUACGUAACAACUGUCCUUAAUUUAAUAACAAUGACAUUUGACAAUAUAAACCAGUAUCAAAUACUUAGGUAUGUAUAUUACUUACACAUACAAAGUCUCCAAGGCAGAAGCGUACAAGAAUGUAUCCAGUAACAAACGUGUCUGCAUCAUUCAAUUUACUCCAUUGUGACCUUAACUUAUUGAAUUAUUGUGGCCACUAAAUAGAGAGAAACAUUUUUUGCAAGUUUACAGAAGUAUAUAUGUUGUAAAUUGUAAAUAUUAGUUGUUGUUCUCUUAGUAUUUUCACUUGAUCAAACCUUUUCUAACA